AUGGAAAAUAGUAAAGAUCAAUUUGGUGAUAUCCCACAAUCAAAAUUACAUUAAAAAUCCUCCACUCCAAACAAAUCAUAUAGUGUACCAAGGAAAUAUGAUAAACUCAUUCAUAAAACUACUCAAAUUCCUAGAAUAUCAAUUCAGCGAUUAAUUGAGAAAAUGGAUUAAGACAAUGACGGAUGGAUAAAAAAGGACGAUAUAUUAGUUUUUAGCAAAAAGCAUUACUUAUUUUUUGAAGAUGAAUUAGCCCAAGCCAUGAUUGAUGAAGCAAUUAGCAAAAGAAUAGUAGCAUUUAAGGAUUAGUUAAAAGAACCUAUCAACAUUGAUGAAGUCUUAGGAGCUGUUUAACUUCAUUAUGUUUUAAAUUAGGAUCAUAUUUGGGUUGAAAAGUCCAGACCUUAUAGAGAUCAUUGGAUUUAAUUGUUAAUGGCUGCAGGUGAGAAAUUACCUUCGAAUCAUGAUUUACCCCCAGUUAAAAUUAGUAAAGUUCAUGACAUGCACGAAAUGGAACCCUUUCCUUUCAAACCAAAGUUGAAUUCAUCAUAGUCACAAAUUAUUCAUACAUCAGAAUUACAGGAACCCAGAUAAUUUCCUGAACAAUAACCAGAAGCUGGAAUACUCCUUUAAGAGACAAUUAUGAUCAAACCAAUUAAUAAUGGAAUCAUCAAAGAGCAGGGUACUGAUAAUCCUUUUGAAAAAGUAGUUAAUUCUAAAUUCAAUAAUAAUGAUUAAUAAUAGUCGUAUCCCACCCUGAGAUUUGAAACUUAGGCUUAUUAUAAUGAAGCAGAACGCUUAAGUAAGGAUCCCAAACUAUGCAAAUCUAGUAGAAAUCCUAUAUUUAAAUUUAUGCCAGAGAACCUAAAUUAUAAAGUAGACAAACUGAAUUCACAAAAAUAGAGUCAAGAUUAAAAUUAAACUUAAUAAUUUGGUUAAACAGCUACUAAAUAUCUCUCUUAACCAGUGUUAUUGAAGAAACCUUAUCAUGGAUUAUCUGACACAGGCUUUUAGACAUCUGAUUCAAAGUAUUUUCAACCAAAUCAAACCAAAAAAUAACACAAUGAAGAUUAAAAUGCAGAUAAACAACAUAUUUUUUAUGCUACCUUUAAACCUGAAGACGUUCAAACAUUAAAAAAUAAACUGGCUAAUCUAAAAUAGAGAGAAAAAGAGAAAUUGUAAGAUUUCUAUAAUCCUCCCUCAACUCAUAAAUUUAGAGAUGAUGUACUUGAUAAGAAGAAAACUCUAUUCAAAACAAGAAUUAAACCUGAUCCAUUAACUAAUCCUCAUAUGAUGUCUGAGCAUGAUUAACGACCACAAUUCGCUAUAGAAGAGGAUGAGAAGAAAUAAUUGAGAGAAGAACAAAAGCAAUAGGAUUAUAUCGAUGAUUGUAUGGGCACUCAUAAACAAACAAAAUAAUGGAUUAAAUAUUUUCCUACUGCAGAUUUAAAUCAUAACUUUGUUGAUCACAAAAGACCUAACUUUAUCGAUAAGGGAAACUAUCAGGAACCAGGAUUGAUUCUAUUUCAAUUUUUAAGGGAAGGUGCCAGUGCUAAGGAUGACUUUCAAUUGUUUCAUAGAUAACUUAGAACUAAUGACAAGCAUUUAUACUUGGGAAUCUAAAUGGAUCCAAAUUAAUAAUGA